GAUCAAUCCUCAAAAGACUAUAAAUAGCCAGCUAACUCGUUGGAGAUCUUCACCUGCUACCGGGACAAGAAAGAUUCCUAAACGAAUCCUCCUCAUCUGACCAGCAACUGUAUUUAAACGAAGUUUGUGAGAGUUGAAGACAAGAUGGCGAAUCCGGUAUUUGGACCUGCUUUGGCAGCAAAUGAAGAUAUCCGAAUGAUAACGGCUGCGCUUAAAGAUCCUGCGUCAACUUUCCUUGACAAUCGAUCUUUCGAAAUGUUUGAGGCUAUUCAAUUUAAGGAGCAGCAAAAUAUGAUUCAAGGAAGUAUCUUUAUUAUCAAGGUCCAGAUCAGUAAAACAGCGACGGGAUGCAUCUUUAUAAAGAUAUUCAUUUAUCAAAGAAAAAGGGUUAUCACUGGCGUCUUGGAAAACCAAGCUUUAGAUAAUACCAUUCAAAACUUCAAUUAGGCAUACCUGUGUGGUGAUAAGCUUGAUCAAGGUUUUAUUUAAAAUAACAUUGGAAUAACAAGCUGAUGGUGGUGAAACACGUCUUCCGGACAACGUGAAUAUCACACCUCGAAAACUGAUUGAUAUAAUGACAUAUUUUUUUUUUAUUUAACAUAUACGAGUUAUGUGAAUCAUGUGAACUAUUUAAGAACAUAAUCAAUAUUUGAAUUAGUUUGUCUCAUAGAAUAACCAGAGAAAUGAAAUUUUAACCAAUCGAAAUAGAAACUUUUAAGUAUGUAUUAAACCUUGGUAAAUAAGCAUACAGUUGUGAA